CUUGACCCACUUUGGUAUUCGAAUCUCAGAGCUUCUUUUUUACCGCGAGGGGGCGGUUAUUUAUUGUUUGAUUGGUUUAAAUAGCUUGGGGGGGAGGAGAGUUAGGGACGGUUUAUGAAGCGAGAAACGCGUCUCCACUCCAUCCGAACCCUCCCUUCCCCGUUCUCCUAAUUUCCGCCACCUCAUUCCCUUUCUCCGCCCCCCUCUUGCCCCGCCUUCCUGGGGCGCCUCGCAGCGUGGCUGUCGUAGACGCGUGCGCGAUCCUCACGUUCCGGGAGCGCGCGCGCCGCCGCCCCCGCCUCUUCAAGUCGGGCACUGCCGUGCCAGUCGUUGGCUGCGGGAGGGCGGCGGUGAUGACGGCCUGGCGUGACGGGCCCUCUGCGGCAGCGCCUCCUCCUUCUCCUGCCGCCGCCGCCGCCGCCGUCACCACCGCCACCGAGGCCUCGUCAGACUCAUCAUGAGAGGAGAUAUAACCCUCAAACAAAUAAAUCUGGAUCAAAGGAAAAGCAGUCUAAGGCCAUGCAAGCCAGCUGUAGUCAUCUUCACAAUCUGCCAGGAACUGGAGGCAGUGAGACUGCCCCAGCUUCUCAUUGUGCCCAUUCUGUAAGAAUGACUGGUGAAGGUGCUUGCCAUCAUCCUGGAGAAAUUCACAUCCAGAUAAGCGCUGUACCUGGAGAGUGUGGUGAAAGUCUGAGCCCUAGAAACCUAAGAUCUGCUUCCCAAAGCAAUACCCAAGGCUGCAUACACAGUCGAUUAAGGAGUCAUUCACACAAUGAAGCAAGGCAACCUGAUGAUGUUACCAUGGACCCCGGAGAAAAUGGAAGCAGUUCUAUCUCUGAGUUUCGCUAUCUGUUCCGUUGGUUGCAGAAAAGUCUUCCAUAUAUUUUGAUUUUGUGUGUCAAACUUGUAAUGCAGCAUAUAACAGGCAUUUCUCUUGGAAUUGGGCUGCUAACAACUUUUAUGUAUGCAAACAAAAGCAUUGUAAAUCAGGUUUUUCUAAGAGAAAGGUGCUCAAAGGUACAGUGCGCUUGCUUACUGGUAUUUUUAGCAGGAUCUUCCAUUCUCUUGUAUUAUACCUUUCAGUCUCAAUCACUUUAUUACAGCUUGAUCUUUUUAAAUCCUACUUUGGAUUUUCUGAGCUUCUGGGAGGUACUCUGGAUUGUGGGAAUUACAGACUUCAUCCUUAAAUUCCUCUUCAUGGGCUUCAAAUGCCUUAUUUUGUUGGUGCCUUCUUUCGUGAUAUCUUUUAAAUCCAAGGGCUAUUGGUAUAUGCUUAUAGAAGAAUUAUGUCAGUAUUAUCGAACUUUUGUUCCUAUUCCAGUUUGGUUUCGUUACCUUGUUAGCUAUGGGGAGUUAGGAGGCAGUGUAACAGGAUGGAGUCUUGGGAUUCUACUGGGUCUACUCUACCUCAUUCUAAAACUUCUAGACUUUUUUGGGCAUCUGAGAACUUUCAGGCGGGCUUUACGGAUAUUUUUAACACGACCAAGUUAUGGGGUGACAGCCUCCAAGAGACAGUGUUCAGAAGCUGAUGAACUUUGUUCCAUCUGUCAGGCUGAAUUCCAGAAGCCUAUCCUUCUUAUCUGCCAGCAUAUAUUUUGUGAAGAGUGUAUCACGUUAUGGUUUAAUAGAGAGAAAACAUGUCCACUUUGCAGAACUGUUAUUUCAGACCAUGUAAACAAAUGGAAAGAUGGAGCCACUUCAUCACAUCUUCAGAUUUAUUAAAUCCUGUCAACUGCUAUUUGGUGUUUAUAGGAUGCUGGUUUUCAUUUGAUAUUUAAGUAAUGUGGGUACUGCUAUAAUUUAAUUUUAAAUGGAUUUCCAGUGUUUUUUAAUUCAAAACUAACUUUUAAGCAUCCAAAUCAGACAUUUUAGACUAUUAGAAACAAGUUAAAGGAAAUUCUGUCUACAGACAUGAAAUUUUAAGAAUUAAAUGGGUAAAAAGCAACCCUGUGUUAUUUUGAUUUUUCUUCUAGUUCAGUGUUGUUCAAACAUCACUUUCAUCCGUGUAUACUUAAAGAUGUAUGUAAUGAUAAAUUGUUUUCAGUAGGUAGUUGGAAAACUAGUAGUAGUUUGUUUUGAGGAAAUCGGGCAUUUUUUCCUGCCAGAAUUCGAAAUUUUAUUUUUCCGUGGUUUUAGGUACAUGUAUAUAAAACAAUUCUACCUUUUUAAGAGAGCAUUAACUUUUAGAAACCCAAUUCUGAAUUAUUCCUACUAUUAUUCUUAUGCUCCCAUAAGACAUUUCAGUGUAUUUUUCCUAUGUUGGCUUUUAAGAAUAACAAUACCUAUAAAAUAUUUUAUAAAAUUUAUAUUUUUAAAAUGUAAAAUUCUAAAUACUAUAUUUUGUCUAAAUCAGAUUUUCCAAGUCAAAGGGACUGACCAGGGAAGGUAUAUUUUGACUUGUAUUGUUAACUGUAACUAUCAAUCAAUGAGAAUAAAUGAAAUUUAAAAUUUUUUGGUAGACUUUUUACACACAUGCUGCUUGUCAACUUAGGUGUGCAUUAUUUUUGUUUUUAUCUAGUGGUACUGACCUUGAAUAGUUAAACAAUAUAAUUUGUUGAUGAUAUUAUUACACCAAGAGCAAACUCCAAAAAUUUACCCUGAAUCUGAAAAGAUUGAUUGCAUAUUUUUAAAGCCACAAAAUGAUUUAAUUUGUUUCAAUCUUCUUUCUAUCCACUUUUUUUUUUUUUUUUAAAGCACUGUUCCUGUAGUUCACUUUGGGGCUACUGUGCCCUUGAAAAAUCAGGCUUUCUUCCUUUAUUAAUUAUUGUACAGCUUUUGGGCUAUUAUUUUGUAACUUAUUUUUUAGUUACACAAAAGCUAAUAUUUCUUUUGACUUAAUUUGUUCUACACAUGAAAAGAAAGCAUAUUUAAUCCCUUUACUUCCCUGAGGAAAUGGUAUUGAAGUAUUAUCAAAUGAGUCAGUGCUACAUAAAUGGAAAAGUUGUCACCUUACAUUAGUAAGCUAAUUCUCAGAAUUAUAUUUUCAUUCUUGGAAGAAAACUCAAUUAAAGAACUUAGUAGAGAAUUUUUAUGCAGAACAGACUUGUCAAAAAGUUCAAAUUUUGUAUCAAAUCAUUUUCCUUUUCGUUUAAGUUUUAUAAAAAUUAGAAGAAUUUUCCAUUUUUGCUGCUACAAAUUCAUGAGUUGUUUUAUGAUUUCUGUAAAAGUAGCAUAUCAUAUUGCAUCACUGUAUUUCAAGGAAUAUAUUUGUACUUAAUGCAUUUUUCCAGGGUUGGCUUUUUAUUAAGUCAAUUUUCUGUAAGUUCUUUGUUUUAAAAGCUUGUUAGAGCAUGGGAUGAAAUCUUCCCUUGAAAGUUUCUUGAAAUUGUGUUCUAAUUGGUAUUUAAUUAGAGUUUUUACCCAUGGUGCCUUUUAAAUUUGCAAUAUGCCUUAACUGGGCAGAGGAGCUUCCUUGCUUCCUAUAGUUCCCCCAAGAGUUUGCUAAAGUUGGUAGGGUGGAGGGAUCUUUGUUCUAUCUGCUAAAGCAUUAGAGCUACCAGUUUAAGAGCUAAUAUUCUCUGCAAACUCCCUUAAUUUGACCCACAAAUUGCUAUGGGUGGCCCUAAUAAAAAGAAAUGUAGAGAAAAUUGCUAAGUAAAAUUAGAUUGGGCUGUGUAUCACCUAGAUCACAGAUUCUUUAGUGGGGAGGAAGUGGGGUGAAGAGAGGCAAUUGAGAUUUAGUGACUUGUCCAGGGUCACACUGCUAGUAAGUGUCAGAGACCUGAUUUGAACUUGGGUCAUUCUGACUCCAGGGCUAGUGCUCUAUCCAUUGCACUGCCUAGCAGCCCUCUAGAUCACAGGUUAUUAAUCUGAGAUCCAUGAAUACAUUAUAAAGAACAUUUUGCUAACUGUCUUUCAAUAUAAUCAGUUUCCUUUAUAAUACUAUAUAUUUUAUUCAUUUAAAAACAUUACGAUUAAAGUUCCGUUCCAGAAGGGCCUGUGACACUAAAAAGUUAAGAAAUUCUGGGAUGGAUUGUAUGAUAGACUAAUUAUAGGCAGGAAGAUCUGCAUCAGGCAUUUGGGGGGUUUAUACUGUUGUUCUUCCAUUUCUCAAUUUAUUCUUGGAAUGUCAUCUCUUUUUAUAAGAUUACUAUUUAUACCUCAAAUAAUGCUUUAUUAGCACCACUACUGCCCUCUUCCUUCAGCAAUUUUUCUCUCCAGUGGAAUUCAUAUUUUGUGCUACCUUUCCACUUGUAUAUUGUUAUGUUAUAGUUAUUUGUCUCAGAUUGUAAGCUCUUUGAGGGCAGGGAUUGUGCCUUAUAUAAAUUGUGUAGGAUGUGGUAGCUCAGUGCUAUUACACAGGUAACUAAUAAAUAUUUGAAUUUGAAGCCAGUUUGGGACUAAAAAACUUGAACAGCACAUGAUUUAAUGUUGUCUUAACUUUUUCUGGUUAAAACUCAUCACUAUAGCACCCAUAAAGCAUCUAGACUCCAAGUCAUUUCUGCUACGAGUUCUCUCUGUACGAGUUCCCAACAAGUCAUACCUAUACCUAUCUCUAUUUUGAAGUUUUACUUUACUUCUAUAUAUCUAUACUUCUAUAGCUAAGAACAAUGACAAAUUGGGUAGCAUGGGACUGGGCCAUAAAUACCCUAGUGAAGUAGAGAGACACUCUUAUGCUAACCUUAGGAGAUGCUGAAGGUGCAAAAGAACUGGAGUACAUUUCUUGAAACAAAGCCUACUUUGUCUUCUCUUAACACAUUCAUUAUGAAGGCGGGGAGGGGGGAAUCCACUAUUUCACAAAAAGGUGCAAUGUUAAUCUGAGAACUACUAAAAGCAAAGUUUUAAAAACUAUUAUCAUAUACAGAAGUCUCCCUUUGCAGGAUGAUCCUAUGUACAACCCCUAGAUGAACUCAUGAACUUUCUUUUCUCUCUAGCUGUGAUUUGUCUCCUCAGGGUCUCAUUUCCUACCUAUCUUAUUUUUAACUUUAUCUUGUAUGCCUUUUAGAAAUUAAAUCUUCUCUUCCUAGCUCAAAAUUAUUAUCUUCCUCGCUCAAAAUUAUUAUCUUCCUCAUAACUUUUCUCACCACUUUGGACUUUUCAUAAAUCUUAUUCUACCUUCUAUUUUAAUUGUGUAAAUAUGUCAUCUUUGUAGGCACUGUAGGCAUUCAUGUGUAUUUUGUGUCAGCCAUUUUGUUUUGUCCCAAUGAUUUAGCGCCCAAAUAUUUUCAGAAUCUAAUAAAAAGGAGGGAUAAGUGGA